AGAGAGAAAGAGAGAGAGAGAGAAAAAAGAAAGAGAUAGAUAGAUAGAUAGAUAGAUAGAUAGAUAGAUAGAUAGAUAGAUAGAUAGAUAGAUAGAUAGAAAGAAAGAGAAAAAGGGAGAAAGAAAUAGUUUGACAAGGCAACAUUUUUGGUAGUGCAUGCGGUGCAUAUUAGCAUUGAAAUGAGUAAAUGGGAUGGAACAAUGUGUAUUAUGCAUUUCGUACGUUUUGUCAGCUGAUCACAGUGUAUAACGAGAUGUGAACAACUAGAAAAAAUUCCUUUUAAAGAAAACCAUCCGUUCGUUUCGCUGUUCAUUCUGUUAUUAUCACUUGUAUCGCCUGAAAAUUUUUCAAAGAAGAAGACACAAAUUGUGGAGGAUCUUUUGUAGAAAAUAAAGAAAGGAAAAAAAAAAAAAGAAAAAAAGAAAAAAGUAAUAAAGAAAGAAAGAAAGAAAGAAAGAAAGAAAUGGGGAACAAAAACAGUUGCUGUGUUUAUUCCAGUCCACAAGUUGGACGUAAGGAAUUAGCAGUUGAAGGUGUCACAAGGGGCCUUGAAGAACAUCUUCCAGAAGGAGGUAUCAGUGUUAAUAAUUUACAGCACAUUAGUGAACGAGAACCAGAAGACUGGGACUCUGAUCCAUCGCUACAUCCUUGCGCAGGCACUAUUUUCAUGGAACGAUCUAAACAAGCGAUUGAAAAUGGUAUGGUAAGAAAAAAGAGUCAACAUCAAAUAGCAGAUACAAGGCCUCUCAAGAAAAGUAGCAGUUGUAGUACAAUAUAUUUGGACGACAGCACCGUUUCGCAACCUAAUUUAAAAAAUACUGUGAAAUGUGUUGCCUUAGCCGUUUAUUAUCACAUAAAAAAUAGAACUUCACACAGACAAAUUGAUAUAUUCGAUGAAAAAUUACAUCCUUUAACGAGGGACGGUGUUGCGGAUGAUUAUGAUAAACAUAAUCCAGAGCACAAACAAAUAUAUAAAUUUGUAAGGACUCUAUUUAAUGCUGCUCAAUUGACAGCUGAAUGUGCCAUCAUAACAUUAGUUUAUCUUGAACGUCUACUUACUUAUGCAGAAAUAGAUAUAACACCAGCUAAUUGGAAACGUAUAGUACUUGGAGCUAUUUUAUUAGCUUCUAAAGUAUGGGAUGAUCAGGCUGUGUGGAACGUAGAUUACUGUCAAAUUUUAAAAGAUAUUACGGUAGAAGAUAUGAACGAAUUGGAGAGACAAUUUUUGGAAAUGCUACAAUUUAAUAUAAACGUUCCUUCAAGUGUGUAUGCCAAGUACUAUUUUGAUUUACGCACACUUGCAGAAGCAAAUGAAUUAACAUUCCCCAGUGAGCCACUUAGUAAGGAAAAAGCGCAAAAAUUAGAAGCUAUGUCCAGAGUCUACGAAGAUAAGGUAACAGCUGAAGCCCUACGUACUGGUAUAAAAAAGUGGUAUAGUUUAGAUAAUGUUUGCAUAGGUGGACCUAGACGUAGUAUUGCUAUUUUGUCCUAAAUAAGUAUUUAAAUAUACAAAAAUAUGCAAAUACAUUGACAUUCUAAAUUAGAGAAUGUGGAAAGAUUUUGUGUAAGUUUUUAUAGUGAUUAGUGUUUAUAAAGUUCAUAUAUAUAAAACAAAAGAACAACAAAAAAUUUGUAACAAAUCUAUUAUCCUGUAAUUUGCAUACAGGACUCUAUUUGUUAAUAUUAUCAGGAAAAAAGGAAGUCCCAUUGAUUAGAUAACUUUUGAUUAGAUAUCUGCUCGGUCUUCAAUUCUUCCCUGUUAACAAUUUUAAUAUCAUUAUCUUUGAUUGAUACUUAUUUUUAUUUACUAUAAUAUUUCAAAUUAUUACGUGCUAAUACAUAUAAAACGAGAUAUAUUAUUUUGCUUUAUUAUUUCACAUAAGUGAAAAUAAAUAUUGCCUAAAAUUAAAUACUGGCUAAACUUUGGCUAUCAAUAACACGCUUAAAAUCCAUUUCAAUAAAACAGAUUUUAAUGAAUAGAAUGCUGUUAUAAUUUACUUUUUUUAUACAUAGUAUAAUAAAUGUUAACAUUUUCAACUUUUUUUGAAAAUUCUAAUUUUCAUUUUGAGCGUAAUAGUUAAUUAAAAAUUAUAUAUAGAAUGUUUGCAUUAUUACUUCUUGGAAUUUUUCUUGUAAUAGCUGUAUGAAAAAUUAGAGGGAAAAAAGUGAAAGGGGAAAAAGGAAGAAGUUUUAUUAUUUCCUAUAAAAAAUAUAAAAUAAAUAGUUUUAAUCAAUUUACAGUGAUUGUAUACAACAGGUAUUGAUAUAUAGUGACCUUAAUCUUCAUAAACUUUAUAUAUAAAAAAAGAAAAAGGAAAAAAAAAAAUAAGUAUAGCUUCUACAAAAAAAAUGAUGGUAUUACUAUAUAUUUUGAUACCUAUUACAAAGUUAUAAAAAUUGAUUUAAGUCAUUGUACUCAUAAUAAAAUGGAAAAAGUUUCCCAUUUUUUCAUGCGCCAUUAACUUACAAAAAAAAAAAAAAAUGGUAUAGCAGUAAUAAUGCAAAUACACUGUAUAAGUAAAUGUAUAUAUACACAUAGAACAUACUCUAUAAAUUUUUAAACUUGAAGGGUGGUGUAAAAUUGUACGAAGUUAAGUUAUUUUUCUUUAAAGCUUUUUACAGCGUUUUAAUAAUAACUUUACACUAUUUUAAAAUGUUUUCAUUUAGAAACUAUACAACUCUAUCGUAUUAUUACUUUUAAUAUUGGUUUGGAUAAGUUCAUUUUUCUGUGAAAGUCAAGUGAUCAACGUGUUCAUGGACGUAGCAAAAAUAGAACUAUUUUAUUAACUAUUUUUCUUUUCUAUCGAUUUUAACACAUGAAAGAUAGGAAAAUUUUCAUAAUUUAUUUAUACGAAAUGUGAAAAUAAUAAUCCUAUUUAUUACUUAUAGUUUCAAAACUAUUAUUAUGCUUUUUGUAAAAGUUAAGUCAUCAAUCUGGGACUGUACUAUGUGAGCAAUAUAAAAUAAUAUAAGGUAAUAACGUAACAGGUGCGCGUUAGGACAGCAAAUGGUGAGCAGAAAAAGUAUUAGCAUAAUUAGUAAUCUUCUUAUUAAAGGAAAUAACAUGUGAUAUAUAUUAGUCAACUGUUAUUCAUCCAAAGCAGUUAAUAUAUUGACUGAAUUACAUAAGGGCUAAAAAUUUUUGGCUGAUAUAUUAAAACAACAAUAUAGAACAGAAAGAUACGGUGCAAUUGGAAUUUUAAUACAGUCAUUAAAUUUCAUUAAAGAUAGAAAAUUACAUAUUUCAUAUAUUUCCACAUAAAGUUAAUGUAAUAAAAUCACGUGAAAAAAAAAAAAAAUAAGAAGAAGAAAAUAGAAAAAGAAAAUGAAAAUGAAAAGCCAAAGCCAUGUCACAUCUAAUUACCUUAAUAUAUUUAGAGUAUCUUGUGCAUAUCUAGAAGCAUUGGAAAUCUAUAUCUGUACAUCUACUUAAAUGUAGAAGAAAGUAUAUGAAUUAUGUACAUGUAUACAUACAUAUGCGCGCGCAUUUUCUUAUAAAAUUAUUAUUAUACAAUUGCCAUUUAUGCUUUGUGAUUUUGCAUAAGAUAAUAUUCAUGAGAGCCAAUUGAAUUGUUUUUUAAUUGUUGGAGAUAGAUAAUUAAAUCACAAUAUUAAUGAAUGUUAAUAAUUAAUUUCAUAAUUGACUCCUUUUGUUAUAUCAUUUUGUAUUAUUGCGAUAAAAGUUAUUGUUUGCACAUUGUAUUUUAUAGCAACAAGUAUUUUUUUUUUUAUUAUUAUCUAAAUUUCUAUCUUUCAAGAUAACAAAUUUUUUCAAAUGAUUUCAUUAAUUCAUUAUAAAUGUAUAGUUGUGUAUACAGUUGUUCAUAAAGUGGGUUGUGCGAAUAUAUAAUUUGCAUGAUUAAAAUCAUUUUUUUUUUCUUUUUUAAAUUAUUGUAAUUUAUCAUAUAUUUAAUUGUAAAAAAAGAAAAUAUCUAGCUCAUUUUUGUACACACAUAAGAUUAAAUACUUUUUAAUUCAUUAUUUACAGAAAACUAUUUAUAAUCGUUUAUCAUCUUAAAUACAUAUUCACGAUUCACAAAAUACAGGAUAUAUAUCCAAAAAUUUCUAUUUGUUUGUUUAUUACUUGAUUUAUACAUGGGACACCACCCAAUCAGUAACUUCAGAUAAAUUUGUAGAUGCACGCUGUUUUUUCUUCGUAUUUUUCUAUUUAAUUUUACUUAUUUAUUUUUGAUUAAAAAAAUAUAGACAUAAUGAUUAACUUACAAUACACUUCCAAACAUUUAUGUAAUCGAAUGAUAUUAUGCGCAUCAUACUUAUUGUGUAACAUAUUGCACAUAUAGAUCUCAUUAAAAGAAAUCAUUCCAUUGCGAUAUGAAGUAAUAAUUUCUUUGAAGUGUAUAGCUAAUUGAUACAGAUGCAAUAAGAAUCUUUUGUGCAUAAAACAGACAUUAACUUCAGACUUGCAAAUCUUAGUAGUAAGUUCUCUAUUCAAAUUUCUGUGAUUAUAUUUUUCUUACAGAAGGAGAUCUAGAUAUUAGAUACUAAUUAUAUUAUAAAUAUAUGAUGCAAGAAAUAGGAAGUAAAUCUUGGAUUUAGAAUAUCUUAAAUUUAAAGAUAAUUCAUACACGAAGAAAGAUUACAAAUUUUACAAAAAUCAUAACAUUGAUGCGUUUUGUUAUUAUUAGCACAAUGAUAAAUUCUGCUAAGAAACAUUGAAAUUGCGAUUCACUUCCAAAUAAUACUGAGCUGCGUGUCUUGUCUUUCAAAAUAUAUUUAGAUAGAGAAAAUGUCCAUCAUUUGAAAGUAAAAUAAUUUCUAUAUAUGAAAAAAUAUAUAAUUAAUAUUUAAGAUAUGAUUACAGAGACGUGGAUAUGUUAUUUUCUUAGAUGACUUUGUUUAUUUCGCAGUACAAUUAAACAUUAUAACAAAUAAUAUAAUGUAAAUACUCACUAUAUGUACAAUGUUACUCUCUUAUUUUUGAUUUCUUUUGAUGUUGCAGUCCAUAUUAAAAAUUAUAAAUAUUUUUUAAUUUAAUGAUAAAACAAGAUUUAUGCUAAUACAAGACAUUAAUUUCAGUGUUUAUUGACUGCACCUAUCGAACAAAAAUUUUUCACUUAUGUAACAGUGAAUAUAUAAAUUAUGUCAUUAUUAUUGUAUAAUUAUUUACGAUUUUAUAAUAACAGCUUGUAUAAGUGCAUAUAAUGUUAUUUAUAUUUAAAUAGUUUACACGCUACAUUAAUGAUAGUAUAUAAUAAGUUCUGUAGCAAAUCAAUUUGUAUAAAUGGUCCAGAGUAUAAGCCCAUUAAUGAUUAAUAAUUAAAUGACUGUAUAUAAAUGUGCAGAAUAUUCCCAAAGUUGAAGAACUGAAUAAUUAUGAAAUUAAAUUUUUAUUCGUUUGUACUAUUAUUAUAUAAUAGAUUUUGAUUAUAGAUUGUAUAGUUUAGUAUAUAAUUUAGAUAACCGACCGAUUAAAUUUAUAUUAACUUAAAAUUUUUAAGAUAAAUUUGUGGGAACAAAAGAUAUUUCAAAUGAACGUAUUUAUUCUAUUUCAUUUACAUUUAUUUUCUAUCUAUUGCAUCAAAUAGAUCAUCUUUUCAUAAAUGAUUAUAUCAUAAUGAUUUUUAUUAUUGUUUAAUAAAAGUGAUGAUUGCUUUUAAAAUUUACCAAAAAAUAUAUACUUUUCAGUUGUAAAACAAUUAAAAUGAUUUUCAUAAAAUAAACAUUAUGAACAAUAGGCAAUAUUUUAUAAUAUUACUUAGAAAACAAAAGAAAAUUUUUAGAUGACUUAUAAACUUAAUUAAAAUUUAAUAAAAAGGUCUAUAUACAUAUGUGAUGCUUAUAUAUCACAUAAGACCAAUAACAACUUAUCUACCGUUUGUUAUUGCUUUACUUAUGUAAAAUCAUUUGAAAUUUUAUACUUACGAAAUAGGCUCAUAAAUAUAAGAUAGUUUUACCGUACGACUGGAUAUAAUAUGUGUGUAUAGAAAUUGAUACUCUUAAUCUGAAGUUCCGUCGGACCUUUGGAGUGACGUUACAGAGUAAUUACAGCUUAUUAUUAUUUUUAUAUUUUAUUAAAAACGAAAAUCAUAAUAUUAUAAUAGAAAUAUAGUGCAAUGAGACUGUCGAAUUUAAUAUGUGAAGUUUAAAAAACAUUUACAGUUUACUCUGUAUUAUAUAAUAAUGUAACGCAGAGCAAGAGAGUUUUAAUAUAAGUAUAGAUGUAACAUAUCUCCAAUUUUGGUCCAGAUAUAUCAACUCUUUAGUUCCUCGACACAAUUAACAAGGAAAUAUUUUUAUUAUAACAAAUGGGAAUCGGUUAUCAAUUGCAUGAACUUUUACGACUCAAUGAAUGAUGUAAUUGUAUGACGAUAUUGAGCAGGCCAAAAUAAUAUCGAAGACACCAUGUAACAAAGGAGAUCAGGUUGUGUUACCUGAUCUACAUCUUCAUUUUCUGAAGACAUAGAACUUAUAAAAUUUCUAGUACAACUAUUUUUAUAAAUAGAAGUUCAUUAUAAAGACAAUCUCGAAUGAAGUCUUGUUGCGUCCUGUAAAUAAAUUGCUACGCUAAAUUUAUAUAUGAUUCAUAAGAUAAUAUUAUAAACCAGAUCGCUUUAUUAGAAUUAGUUGCACAGUGUUUAUACUUGAGAGCAAAGAUACUAUGGAGUAUCCACUUUCAAGUCUUCCAUCCUAAAUAACAACAGUCCUAUAUUUUAUUUAAUACUUUAUUCGACACAGAGCAAAAAAUAAACAUUUUGCUAAUGUAUUAUGGCCAAUACUCUGAAAAUGUGAAGUUGUGAUAUAUAGACAUAUUAAUUAAUUAGACUUGUAUAUUCUUACUUUAAUGAGACUUGUAUGAAUAUAAUCAUGUAUAAGUAUAUCAUAAAUCAUUUUAUUGUGUAAAAUUAUCAAAUUA